UUUCAUUGCAGUCACUGUCAACCGGCUUCUCCACCGACCUGGAUGACAGCGGGAUAGCAACUGUAUCGCUUACAAAUUCGUUGUGACAGUUCACUGGGUGGGUAUGAUGGUCCGCCGGCUGGGGAGAUGACGGGCCGAUGGAAUUGGGGAUUGACAUUGUGGAUGUUCUGAGACGAAGUUUUGAGAGAUGCCCCACCGUUGAGGAGAUGAGUUGUAUGAGAUGACUUUGACACUCGUGCAGGGGUAGAAAAUGUCGCUCAUAUCCAGCUUCAGCAGUCGAAGAAAAGCUGGGUGAUAUGUCGUUCGGUCGGGAUAUUCUUGGACGAUGCAUAUGACUGGAUUUAACUUCGUUCGGACCAGCUGGCCACGAAGCCGCCCUCGAGGCACUGAAGUGGCAGGUAGGAAUUGGUGCGUUCCAAGGCAUGAUUAGAGGUCAUCGUCUCAACACAGCCUGAAAGCUACUUGCUGAACUUCGAAAUCCCAAAGUUGAACACAAAGAUUGGAUUCCAUUCCCAAAUGUUGAUCUUAUAUUACCACUUACUCCCUCAGAAUGAGAACGGAACGGGUUCUGGCUGCUAUCCUGACUAUGCCACCAAGUCACAGAAUUCUGUCUUGGGUAUGUCGAUGAGGAUUUGGAGUUGACUUCAGAAGAUCUUGACAGUCGCAGCGCCCACAAACUUUUGGCUUGAGGUUCGAAUGCAGGCAGCUUCGGACGAUGUACUCAUGGUUACUGGCCACAUAUACAUCUUCAAAAGCUUGGUCAACACCAACUGAAGCAGUCUCGGCUCUUCGACACACUCUGAGGCAAACCAAAACCUCGUAGCCCGACCUUUUGGCGGUCCUCACAUGGGCAGCGAGACACCUGGCCCUAGCAUCAACAUGAAAGUCCAGACGAGUGACGCAGAAAAAUCGACCUUAUUAGAAGCAGGUAUGAGAAUUAUCCAUUGACGUAGGAUCCUCCGCUAGCAUUAGGAUAUGUGCAUCGUGUGCUUGAGGUUUGCAUUGGUGGUCUGAGGGUUUGUGAAAAUGUCAUUCAACUCACCAUGUAUUUCUGUGGUGGGUGUUGUGGGUUGGGGGAGUCGUCUCCAGCACCUACAAAAUCGAAGAUUGGAGUUUUACCAGGUAUGCGACACUAAUGCAAGCCCGAGAUCCCAGAAAAGAUCCAUACGAAAUAAUCAAGCAUUUCAUCAUCGACGAUCUGCAGACUGCCGUAAAUUGAAAUUGGUGGCUCAGCUUCAUGCGCCUCGAGAUCAACAGUUGAUUGGCCAGAGCUUACCCCUUUUCAGAUGGCAGAGCGUGGCGCAUCAAGCCUGGGACUGGGCUUCAGCUCGAAACCAUGGAUCCCCAGGGCCAAGAAACAAGCUUAAAGCUUAGGCUAGCCCUACACUGUUCUGACAGAUCGCUCGGAUGAGCAGCAGCAUAUUCUCACUAUAUGCAAGUACCUGCUUAAGUUCCGAAUAUCCAUUCCCCGCAGUGUAUCUGUGUAACGGCAUCAUCUUAAGUACAGAUUGCAGUUAUUUCUCCCAAUUUCGAGCCCCAAACACGGAAAUAAAGGGGUUCCGCUGUCAAAGGAUGUCCCUGCUCAGCUCCGGGAUCGUGCAUCCUACUGAACAGACUGGCGCCUUGCCAUCACCACGCUAGAGCGCAUUGGGGAAACCGAUCUUCCCCUAACCCACAGCCACUUUCCAGCUAUGGCUUGGUUCAGACGACUAUGAUUUCACACGGCUGGAUCUCAGCUUUCAUGACUGGGCAAAACGUCAGAUCAGGGCAGACUUUCAGCCGUGGGCCAAUUUCUUUCAUUUGAGGGGGUGCAACUAUUUAAAGCUUGCCAAUUCCACAAGAUCUCCUUUGUUCCCGUCCGAUAUCCUGUCCUCGUUAAUUUCUCCGUACCUACUUUCUUCGACAUUCAAGCAACUAUUUGAUUCAUCACUCACUACCAUUCAACUUUUCAAGCAAACACAAACCUCCACUCCAGACAAGAUGUUCGCCAAAUCCAUCCUCGUUGCAAGCCUGGCUGCCAUGGCCCUCGCAGAUCCAAUCCCAGCACCUGCUCCUCAAGCAACAACUGAUCUCGGUUCCCUGCCCACAGAUGCUGGCGAUCUCAGCUCUCUCCUCGACGCUGCCACAUCCCUCGCCGGCACCGACUUGAACUCUCUCCUCAACGACGCAACAUCUGCUCUCGGCGUACUCUCCGAUAUCCCUACCCUCCCAGCCUCAGUUCAAUCCGUCCUUGCGACCGCAGUCCCCGAAUCAGAGCUCACCAGAACCGACAUCCAAUGUAUCGCUACCGCCACGCCCGACUGGUUCAAGAGCCUCCCCAACGACGCCAAGAGCGCGAUCUCUAGCUACGAGACCGCUCUCGCAAGCUGGUACUCUGAGCACAGCUCUGAAUUGGGUUCUCUUACAACUGGUGUCCCCCAGCCAUGUGCUGCUGCUACUGGUAGCGGCGCGUCGCCAACCACCACUGGAGGCUCAAAUGCCACCCCGGCUUCGUCGAGUGGAUCUGGAAGUGCUGCUCAGACCGGAACUUCGACUGCUGCUGCUCCUCGUGCUACCGCUAUGGCUGCGAGCAUCGCUGGUCUUGCUGGUAUGUUGGGAGUCAUGGUCGCCUUGUAA